AAAGUUACCUAAAUCUUAUUCUUUUUGGCCAUAUCUGAAAGGUCGAAGCAUAGCUCAGCCUUUCCCUGUAUCGUCGUGUCUCAAAAAGUCAAAUCUAACGCGCUAUGGAUCAAUCAUCAAAAGUCCCCGUACUACUUCGACGCGUCCCAACAUCGACACUGUCGCGUAUCUUCACCUUGGUAAAGGAAGAGCGCUACGAUGUGUUCGACGUAUCAAGAGGACCCUGGGCCUUGAGCCACGUUUGCAGAGACUGGCGGGCCAUUUUACUGUUGGGAUCCCUAUGGACUGGACUAUCUGUCGACCAGACAAAGUGCUCUUUCAAGCUCAAGGACCCCCUCUCACUCCUUCAGACAGCACUUUCGCGUCUCGGCCCCUUCCAUCCCUUGGAUUUUACAUUUAGAACAAACUAUAGAUGCUUUGAUGAAUCCCAGAAAGGCAUAGUUGACGCCCUUCUACUGGAAGUCAUCCAGGUGUCCAAGCAAUGGCGCAUAGCUACCAUCGAGCUAUCCCCAGAGCGCAUGCGAACGCUAUUCACCGUCCGCAACAAUACCCCAAACCUCCAAACGCUCCACCUAAAAUGCUCCGACAUCCACGAAUUUGGCACCAUCGACGCCUUCGCCCUCUCGCCGAACCUUUCCAAAGUCACCUUGCAAAACUUCGGGCACCUCAAAAACCGAAUCGAGCUCCCGUACCCCCGCCUCGUCGCAUUCAGCGACGACCGUGAAUGGGGGGACGAAUCCAUGACGGAAUACUACGUCGCCCUUCUCCGCCGAUCUCCCAAACUAGAACGACUACUCACCAACCACCAGCUCCUCGGACCCCACAGUAAAAAGCCGGGUUUAUUCUCCAAGGCGAAGCCCAGUAUCAUUACCAACGCCUCCUUACGCGACCUCCACGCAUGCGACAGCGCCCUGAUGCGACGCAUCUCCCUCCCAGCUCUCGAAUCCCUAACAGUCAACUCCUACGACGUCACCCUCCCAGACGACAUCCUCCCCGCUAUCCGGGACAUGCUCGUCCAAUCCAAAUGCGCCUUACGCACUCUCUCCAUCUUCGAUCCUCCAGGCUCCUCAGACCUCACCCGGAUCCUCGAAAUCAACCCCCAGCUCACCGAGCUCCGCCUCCGAUUCCCAUCAUGGUCUAAAAAACAGGACAAUACCAUCAAGAGCCUCAUCGCCACCGUGGUAAAAAGAGCCAACAGUUUUCUUCCCCAGUUGCGAGUCCUCGAUAUCAAUAUGUACGACUGUGAGUUCUUGGGUGUAGGAUUCGCGUUCAUCAGUACUGGUCUGCUGGAUCUGGUCAAGGCGCGCCCGGGUUUGCGGGUACUCAAUGUGCAGAUUUUGACGCAAGAUGUGUUGAGCGGGCUAUCGCCAAAGGAUGUGAAUGAACUACGCGCUUUCAAAGAGCAAGGAAGGGAGUUAUCCAUUACGACACGAGGUGAAUAUAGAAAGGGCACGGACGACCAACGGUUUACGCAGACGGAAAGGCUACGAGUCUACGUUUGACGCGAUGGAAUGUUUCUUGGAGAUCUGUACAUAUGAUAUAUUCGGUGUUGGCAGCCUUUGAUAGGCUAUAAGGCGGGUCAUUCUCAAGAACUGCUUCUAGAAAGUCAGUUACCUGUAUAUAACAAGCCGGGGAGGACUGGCUAUUCACAUUUGGUUGGACCAGAUUUUACUAUAUGAUACCGUAACACUUACUGUAUACUUAUCCUAAUCCAUUAUUGGUUUCCG